GACGUGUCAAAACGUCCUCUCCACAAAACCCUCAUCCGCUUCACGACUUGCACGAUUUAUCAUAACACCGCCGAUUUUAUCAGCCCGUCUUUACUCUCAACAGCAAUUAUCUAUCUUACAUUUCGGUGACGGAAGCAAUUACAGCCCCACGUAUACGACAGCAUGCGACCUUCACUAGACUCAGCAGCUUCUUCAGUUCCAGCACGCAAGACGACGCGUCAAGCGCGUGGUCUAUCUGCGUCUGAGAUCGCACGAAACACCGCACAUUUUGACACUUGGGGCAACUACCAAGGCUGUCAGGAAGCGGGUCUCUCAGAUAUGCCCAAGGAUAUGAGAGACGAAGUCCUUGACGUCUUUUUGACAGAUGGCGUGCUGCCAGCUUCAUGGCUUGACGAGUCCACGAAACUGUUCAAGCGAACACAGAAAUACUCUCCGCUGUUUCUCGAGUUUCUUGAAGACGCGCAAGAAGCCUCACCUAAAUUGUUCUCAGAGGACGUACAUGCCAACACAGAAAGCAGCUACGACCUGCUCGGCGACCUUCAAGGGGUAUUUCGUGCUUGGAAUGCUCUCAAGAGGCUGCGUCGAAGUAAGAACAGGAAGGUUUCUGAAGCCGAAUAUGCUGGCAAUGUAUACGAGAUCAUUCGCAGCAUUGCCCUCACCCGAAGUGAAUACCGACCAGAAACAACAAUAGCGCUACCCCAACCUCUGCGAAACCCCCGUGCUAAAUCAGAUGCUCUCCGCAUCCUCAACACCAAAACGGUGAUCCCCGACGGUGCCGUCUUCCUCCCCGAACACACCCUCCGACACCUCUCCCUCUCCGCCCAUUCCCCCUACAAACGCCUCAAAUCCAGCAAACAAGCCCGCGGCUCCGGCUUGACUUCCUUCGCGAACCAGUCCACACCAUGUUCUCAGCUCCCAAGCACACCAUGCUUCGAGUUUGCGUCAAGUUUCUUCGAGGAUAAGAAGCCGAUACAUACUAUGUUCGGGGACGCGUACAGGCAGAACAGGAUGGCGACUGCAUCGGCGUUGAGGCAGUUGCAGUGCAUGGGCAUCAGAGCGCCUGUUCUGGGUCUUAUCUGGGCAAACGGGACUGUACGUGCCCAUGUCGACUGGUGGGAAGAGAAUGAGAAAGAGAACUUGAAGUUCCUGCAUUCCGCUCCAUAUCCUGGCACGGGUCAACCGGAGAAAUCUGGCUCGAACGACGAUCUGUUCCACGAAUGGUCUCUCGACCGACCCGCCGACAUCAUCCGCGUUUUCCUUCUCCUCCGAAAUAUCGACGCCUGGACCACAGGCCGUUUCAGAGAUCUCGUCGUCUCGGGCAUCAACCGCCUCACCGUCUCCGUUGUCGACCAAGGCCACAAGUUCAAGCCCUGGAAGCGUGCUAAGCUCAUCACCGUCUCUCCGCUCGCCGACUCCUCGAGCGUCAAUACCGUUGCUACGCAAGGCGCGGAGAAUAGCUCGGCUGAGCCGGAGAAGGUGGUCAAGGUGAAGACGGCCAAGUUGGAGGCACAGACACAGACGAAGUCUACGAGGCAACUUAGGCAUCGAAAACCCCGGAGGAGCAGUACUUGACCCUUUCCAU